CUGUUCAAAGGACGGCUGCCCUCGCCCCCCGCCUUUGAAGUGCUGCCGACGCCGGCCACGGAGGUGCCGCUUCACACCUCCGGCCCGGCAUAAAGCCGGGGCUCCGGGGCCGGCGGCUCUCAGCCCUCAGCCAUGGCCCACCAGGCAGCUCCCGGCCUCGCGCUCCGCACCGCGUCUCCGCUGCACGACUGGGGUCUCCCCGCCGUGCCUGAGCCCGAGGGCUACAGCAGCAGCUCGCCGGCACCCUCACCCGACUCCUGCGGCCUCUCACCCCCUGCCAGGGCACCGCGCCGCGGUCCGGCGGGCAGGAGGGGAUCAGGGGCGGCCGGGGGCUCACGGCAGAGCGCCAGCGAGAGGGAGAAGCUGCGGAUGCGGCGGCUGGCGCAGGCCAUGCACCGGCUGCGGCACUACCUACCACCCGCGCUGGCGCCCGCCGGGCAGAGCCUCACCAAGAUCGAGACCCUGCGCCUCGCCACGCGCUACAUCGCCCACCUCUCGGCGCUGCUGGGCCUCAGCGAGGAGGUGCUGCUACUGCGCCGCGGGGCGGCCGCCCGCCGCUGCCCGCUCUGCCCCGGGGGCCUGGGCUGCUGCCAGCCCCCGCAGCCCCGGCCGCGCUCCCCAGCCCCGCAGGAGAAUUCGCCCCCCGGCUCGGAGGGUUGGGGGACCCCCCCAGAGCUGCGCGGGGCUCUGGAUGCGGGGACGGGGACCUGGGGGUCGCUCUCCAACGGCCCCGUGUUGGAGACCUGUCCGCAGCUGCACGUGGUUCCUGACGUGGGGAUGGGGCUCUGGUCAUCACCGUCCUACAGCCCCACCGCGGGGACCCCCCCGGAGCUGCACGAGGCUCUUGCCUCCGACGUGUCCUCCUGGCCAUUCUCUCCUCACUGUGCAGUGGCAGGGACCUCUUCAGACCCCCCCAGUGACCCCAUCUUCGACACAGGGCUGCUGCUGCCAGACUUUGUGGAUGCAGAGAUGGUCACCCAGGACAUCUCAGCAGAUCUGCUCUCUCUGCUGGAGGCUCUGCUCCCACCGCAGCCCCAGGACUGAGCCACGCACCAUCGGAUGCCCACAACUUGCAGGACCCAGGGAGACGUGUGUCCCCCCUUGGACAGCAAGGGGGUGGUGAAAGCAAGGUGCUUGGAGCCCGGAUCCAUGCUGGCUGGGACUGUACAUAAUAUACUGUGACUGUACAUAAAUAAACCCCUUUGCCCAGUC